AUGGAUGUUGGUCGUUCGUGGGUCGUCACGGUGCCGUCUGGAUGCGAAAAUAUAUUGAAAGCCAAGGAAAGCAAGCAAUUCCUCAUACGGACAAAAACUCUUGGCUUCCCUUGUUUGACGUCAGCGGAAAAACUUAGGUUCCUGACAAUCACAUCCGAUGGGUCGAAGCUCCUGAAGGAAAGAAGAUUGAAAUUAAAAUCAACUCCAUCUCACAUGGCUACGCUUUCGACGGCUGUAAAUUCGGAGGGCGUCGAAAUCAAAUCCAGUGAGGACCAAACUCGAACCGCCUUACAGUACUUCCCUUUGAACUUCGCUGUCAUCAAGAAGCUGUUCUGGGCGACAAGUAAACUCAACUUGACAUCAUCGCAAACCUCACAACGAGCCUCUCUGCCCACAAUUAGCGCCGCUAAUCAAACUAACUGA